AUGCAUGAAUAUCGUUUAGAAACUAAUGAAAAUGGAACUACACCUCAGGAAGAAGGAUGGGCUGUGUGCAAAGUGUUCAAGAAACGAAUAGCUACAACAAUGAGAAGAAUGGAUGAGUCACCAUGUGGAUAUGAUGAUCAAGUAUCAUUCAUGCAAGAGCUUGAAACACCAAACCGAGUAUUUUCUUCUCAUUCUUAUGCAUCAUACCAACAACAACAACAACACUAUCCUUGCAAACAGGAGUUGAAUCAAAUGCAAUACAAUAUAUCCAUUAAUGAUGCUAACAAUUUCCUCCAACUUCCACCACUAGAAAGCCCUAAAAUACCUAAUUUGCAGUGUUCAUCAUCAUCACAUUCAAUAACUCAUCAAGAACAACAAUAUUAUAGCCAGCACCACCAACAAAUUAUUGGCAAUAUUAUUGUGGCUGAACAAAUUGCUUUGCUAGCAAAUGAAUCAAAAAAAUCUGAAACUCAUGAGCAGGAAUAUGCUACUUCAACUUCCAACUCCAGUUGCCAGAUUGAUACAUGGAAGUGA